AUGCCUGUCCUUGAUUGGGCAAGCGCCUACACCAUCUAUAUGAUGCGGGACAAAGCCAUGCGCCUCGAGGACAAGUACCCCGGUGGACACUGGUAUAGUCUGUGCACUGUCGCGGACCGACCGAUGGGUGCGAAGCUGAACGAGCUUCCCCCAUCCCUGUCUCGGCACAAAGGAUGGGUGGCUCACCUGUUCAGACACACGAAGAAGUACCUCGGGCGAGCCGAUAGCGCUAUACCGAUGCCAGACGUCAUUAGCGAGUUUCGGUCGAAGUUCGGGGGCGCUUCUACGUUCUUCAACGACAUCAGGAAUGAUGAUGAAGUUACGGAUACAACGCUCAAGAAACGCCCGACGAGCCCGGAGAUGUGGACUCGAUGGAUUCUCCAGUACUUUGUUGCUACCUGCUUCGAGGAAAUGGCCAGGUUCGAGGUCUUCAUGUAUGACCGCGACGAAGACUCCGCGACAAGGCCGAAGCCCAACUUGUGCUCCGACCAUGGUAUUGCAGAUCAGGUGCUUGCGGCGGGGCAACCCCCCGCGACGCCCGUUCAGAGACGUGGUUCGGUUGGGGAGAUCAUCUAUGGUGAUUACUCCAACGUGGUUGGGAUUCGUGCUUGCGGCGGUCACAGCCAAUUUAGGUGGGGCGGCGACUUGGAAUCCAAGGGUUGGACCAGAGUUGGUCCUCCGGAUAAGAACGUCGACUGCAGACCGUACACUGAUACGAGAAAGGGUAAAACGGAUCUGUACUUGUGUAUCGACGUAGCCAAAGCUGAGAAGUUUGGUUGCGAGUUCGGUAUCUCACAGCAGCACGCGGUGAUGUGCCCUGACCUUAUUCCCCAGGAGUGUUUUAUCUACUGGGCGAAUACGGUCACAGGGAAGAUCACGCGCCCGCGCGCUCCCGCACUCGUCGCAUUAGCAGCGACAGGAGGUCUGAUCGAUUCAGAACCGAAGGAGUACUUCGAUGCGCUGAUUGUCGCACCGAAGCCUAAGGACCCGGCCAUCCACAAGGGACCGACCGCGAGGGGCGCCGUUGCGGACCCCAACCUCAAAAAUGUUCAGUGGGGCGACGAUGGGUGCUCAGCGUUGAUUAACGUGGUUGGUGACCAACCGCUUGUUGUAACCAACGCACACGUCGAGGACGUGAUGUUCUUGUCGAGGGCACUUGCAGGGGGGCGAUUCUCUGCGCGCGAGUUCUUGCAGCUCCUUCUGGAGCUCAGGACCUUCGUGCUCACCAGGACACACCCCGACGUUAUGGGCAUCCUGGGGCGGAGCAGUGCGAUCGCGGCCUUGAGCGACCAUGCGUUGUUCCAGGCCCGCGCCCCGCUUCACCAGGAAGGCCUGGAGAAUAUCCACGCUUGGCUCAGUGAAGCUGGCGCGGAUCCGUCGGUUAGCGGGGAGGUUUGGUUCGAGCCGGUGCCGGGAUUCACAGAUGACCGGUCGCCGGGGAUCAACGGCCCACCUGCUCGUGACCUCGUCUUCAAGGCCUACCAUGAUGGAGGCGCGGAGAGCGAGGCCGAGCGUGCGGAGAGCAAAGCUGUGUUGGCGGCCUACGUGACGAGAACGGCCCUUGCUAAGGCUGCACAUCGUCUGGGAGUGCCUAAGGAGGUCAAUAUCGCGACCGUCGCGGACGUUCCAGCGGAGGGGCAGCCCACCGCGUCCGUGGAUUCUGGUCUGAUCGGCUUCCGCGACACACCUGCUGCUACGCGGGCGAGUCUCGAGGACGAGGGCUGCGGGGGCUUGUCGGACGACACUGCUCAGCGUGGGCUCAAGGCCUUCAAGAGUAUGCAAGACUCGGGGCAGGAGUCCUUCGAGUGUUCUCACUGCAAGCAGAAGCCGGACGUAUCCGUAGCGCCUCGCCGCAGCGUGUCCUCGAUGCGAGAGAUCGAGGGCGUCAGCGACUGGCUGGAAGCAGGCGCAGCCGAGGCGAAGCGAGUUGCCCUCCGCGGCACCCGCUCGAAUUGGGGAGAAGAGGAGAACAAGCUGGUGAGUCUUGUGAAGAAGCUCAAGAAGAAUAAAAUGUACAGGUCGAUGGUAGAUCGGUACGACAACGAUCCCGACUGGCCACGCAACUGUUCCAACAGCUUCUAUGGCGACGGUGCCACGCCGCGCGACCGACAGUGGAACAUAUAUGUGGACACGUGGGACGCUCGUGCGAUCGAUCCCCAGCUACCUGGCGGUCCAGGCUCGUUGCACUCUGACCCGAUGCCCAUGUCCAAGCUUGGCCGUGUCCAGCAUGGACACGUGAGCAUGCUGGAAACUGCAGAGUCACGUGCCCGUCGGGCGGCAUCUGCGCCUGCUGGUGCGGUGCCACCGCGGAAGCCUGCGCUUGUGUCUCUUAGGCACUCGGUGGGCUCCUGGACCAAGCCUGCCAGGGCUGCCGCUGCUGCAGCCGUGGCGCCAGCCGCUGCGGCCGACAUGGCGGGGCAGGGGUGGCGCGCCAUGGCGGCGGACAGCGACUUCGGGGCCCCGGGGAAGGUGGACGUUACUGUCUACCGCACGUGCUCCCAGCUCACGCUGCAGGCGUUGAGCGAGGUCGAGCGCGGCAGGUCUGCCCCUGGAAUAGAUGACCUCCCCUGCGAAAUCCUCCACCCAGCGGCGCGGUGCACGGCUGCCUUGCUGGGGCAGGCCUUCCACGCAGCUGCAGAUGGGGAUGUUGAGCGGGUGGAGAGAGCGUUGGGACCUGCGACGGACCUCCUGGUGUGGAUCGUCAAGUAUGCGGGUGCAGUCACCCCGUCAGGAAUGAGACCGCUACAGCUACCGACGACGACCAGACGAUUCUUUGGUGCGGUCUUGGCGGCCAAGCUGGGCCCACAUAUUGAGGCCCAGCUCACCAAGCAGCAGGCAGCCAAUGCGGGAGGGACGUGUGGACUCAACGUCCGGGACGCCUACGCUCACCUGGAUAGCCAGCCCACGGAACCACCCCUUCCAGACCAGCUAUGGAAGGACCUGAUGGGGUCACUCGCGGACGACAUCGACGAGACCAUCCAUGCGCACCUCAGUCAACUCACUGAUGAGGAGAUCGCCUUUCUGGCACGUGGACCUGCGGCGGUCCUCAUGAGUGACCAGAACAAAGCCUUUGAAAGGCUAGGCAUGGAUUGGCUAGAUGAGGUACUUACAAGGUGGCACCUACCAACGUGGGCACUCACUUCCUUCCGGGCACUCAUAGCCAAUCGGCUCAUUGACAUCGGGGCCAACAGGGGUCAAAGGGGCAAAGGCACCUCGGCACAGGUGGCGGAGGCACAGGGCUGCAGGAUUGGGGUAGGGAUGCUGCUGAAGGGAGUCAAGGAGAGACGGGCCAGGGUGGUCGGGGAUACCUUAGGCUGGAGGCCUCCUCAUGUUUUUUUUUUUUUCUCCAGUUCCGGCACGGUCACUCUGGCCCGGCAGCACACGCGCGAGAGCCACGCAGACAUGUCGGAGCAGGAAUUCGCGGUGAGGGUGAACGACCAGUUGAAGUCCACGGAGCUGAGGCUGUGCGGCGCGCUCGGCAGGGACAAGAGGCAUGGUGCUCACAUGCGGGCUUUCUGGGCCUCGACAGUAUCGUUCUUCGUGGCGUUCGUGGGUUGGUUCGCCCUGAGCCCGAUCGCUAUCGAGGUGGUCCACAGCAUCGACGCUUGCGAAAACCAGCUCUUCCCACCGGUUGCGAACCCAGAGAGGAAAGCAUUCUUGAAGUUCAAGGCGAUCGCGUCGGGGAAGAAGUAUUGCCAGUAUGGGAAGAUCGGAGAGGAUAACAACCCGACUGGGUGCCAGGAUGUGCCGCAGGACGUUUGGGACGAGAGUUGUGGCGGGGUGGCGGCCACCGCGUGCACGCAGAGCGAGACGCUCACGGACGACGUCGAUCUGUGCCCCGAGGCGUGCAUGAAAUAUCCAGUUGCCUGCGGCGAGUUCGGCCCGGUCAAUGUGCAGUCUGGCCUCCUGCUCUUCGGAGCCAUGUGGGUCUUCGCCGCGGCGGGCAUCUCGGCAGAGUGGAACUUCAUCCUCAUUCAAGGGGUGGUACAAACCGACCUGGAGGGCAGCAGUGAUGCAGAGGAAGUUCGCACCACGUUCGCCGCGAACAAGGGCAGGGACAAGCACAGGGACAAGGACAAGCACAAAGGCAAGGACAAUGACAAGGACAAGGAGCGGAGCGAUGAUGUCCCCAUGGGUGUUGGUACUUCUAUGAAGCCGUUCUUCAAACGUAUUGAGACGUAUACGAUGGGAUUGGACAACUUUGAGUCACAUCUUCAUUGCAGCGGUAGUGCGAUGCUCAUUGAUCACAUCCAUCACGUUUACAAGGUCAAGAGUAGUCGGAUGAUACUGGAAAAGGAUAUAGACACCGUGCAUCGGGCCAUCGUUGCAGCGAUGCCACGAGUGUUCUCACAAGUGGAUCAGUCUAUGAACUACACGGAGCACGCGAUGCUUGACGUUCUUUCAGUAUGCCGAGGCAAGGCACUUCAGUAUUAUUAUCAGCUGUGCAGUGAGACGGGAGCAGAAACGGAGCAUAACAUGACGGUGGUGAAAGACAAAAAGCGGAAACUAUGCAAUGAUGGAAUCAGUAUGAUCGAUUCGUCCGACAAGUUCGUCAGCGACGUGCUCAAGCCGAAGUUGGCGUUCUCGAGCGUGGUGAAGAUCUUGGCUUUCGUCAUCGGCAUGACCAUCUCGCCGGCGCACGGCGAGGAGAUCGUGGCUCGCGAGAGCCUGGGCCCAGGGGCUGAGUUCAAGCUCGUGACGGAGAUGAUGAAGAUCAACCACUGGCUCGGCGGCGGCGUGUACAGGUGGAGUGUCUGCACGGAGCGCGCACACAUCGGGCACAACAUUGCCGCGACCGCCACGGACAAGCGCGUUCGUACAGCGCAUGCUACCCACCAGGUGCUGUGCGAGGCCUUUUCUGCCGAACGAGCCGAUCGGGUGACCAUGGCGGAGAUCAACGUCACGGAGGUGUUCACUAAUGACGACGGAUGCAGUCAGGAGCGCGCGGAGAAGGCCCUCAACGCGCUUGUCAAGGAGUGGAGUACCUGGUCCAAGUACGAUGCAGUCACGGCCAUCGCACCGACGAUGGCCAAGAAUAUCGACAAGGCGUUGCAUAUCGAGAGUCGUGCCGCGCGGACGAACAAGGGCAGCGACUACGACGCCAACUUCCAGCCCAAGUGCCGGAUUGUCGGCAAAGGCUUCCAGGAGAAGUGCGACGAGAAGUUGCGCAGCGACUCCCCGACUCGAGUCAAGAUCGAGAUGGAGCUGUACUUCAAGUUGCCCGAGAACCUACCGGGCACGGGCAUGAGCAUCUACGGGGCCAACGACGCGGCACGGGCGCGGUGCAAGCGUAUCGCCCCGAUCCUGUGCUCGAUUGGCCCCGAGCAACUGCAGUUCGAGACGGCCGCGUUCAGACUCAUGCAUCGUGGCAUGCUGGUGGGUCUCUUGUGCUUACACAUCGACGAUGUGCUCAUCGCUUUCGACAUGGAGAACAACCGCGAGUUUUGCAGCAGCACCAUCAAGAAGCUGAAGGAGCAGGACCAUGACUAUGUAAUCUCGAUCGACAUCGGCGAGUACAUCGACGGCAUGACCGAUUUCCGAAGGGCCCUUGAGAGGUUUAGGCGGGAGAAGGAGAAGCUUGCCGCAGCUGAACACCGAGCGCUAGGAGGCAUGAGUGGACAGGUUCAGUGGGUGGUACGGCUUUUGCUUCACAAGUACAGUUUCGAGGCAUCCAGGCUGGCAGGCCAGCUGACUCAACCGACGGUGCAGGACAUGAAGGACAUGAACAAUAUUGUUCGUUCUAUCCGCCGCGAGGGGGAGAUGGUGAUGAUGUUUCGUGGAGGUUUUGAAUUCGAGAAGUCUGUGGCCAUCGCCCCGCGCGACGCCUCAUUCGAGAACGUGCCGAACCACGAGAGCCAGCGUGGAUUUUACAUCAUGGUUGAACAACAGCUAGCCGACGGGCUCGCCAAGAAGAUGGAUGCACCCUGCCAAGACCGAGUCUUUCAUGAGGACCUCUGGUCUUUCGGACCAGAUCCCCGUGCACCUCCUCUCCGGAAGCGCCAGCUCACCGACCUGUGGGAGGAGCUACAUCGAUCCCAACGGGUGGAGCUACAAGAGGACGCAGACACUCUCAACGCCAACUACGCACGCCCUACAGACCACAGCGCCAUGGGCGACAUUAAGCAGGGGCGCCUGCGCGCCGCCGGAUUCGACUUCAACAAGCCACCGGACACACAUGCGACGCCUCGCUCCAGCAUCGCCAUAUUGGCGGGCAUCGCGGGGCCAUCCGCCAUCGACAAGAUGAAGACCGACGACCUUGCGAGGCGGACGCCUGCAGACAUCGAGAGGAAGCUAAACGCCAUGCCGAACUACGCAUUGCAAGGGAUUUUGCGCGAGUUGAAGCUCCCGGUGUCAGGCAUCAAGGUGGGCCUUGUGGCGAGGAUCGUCAAUCCUUACAACCGUGGUUGGAACUUGUCUCGUUUUAACGUGAGCACGCGGCAGUGUUUCUUCGACAGCGGGGGCCGGCGGAUCCGCAUGAUGAUCGGUUGCGCGGGGGCCACGUUCGUCACAAAUCAGUUCUGGUGCUCCCUCAUGUUCGCCCCGAACGUGGUGGGCACCGCCAACGCGACCGCAGCGGGGUGGGGCAACCUCGGCGGCGGCGUCACACAGAUUUUCAUCGUGUGGUGCCUGUUCAAGCCCUUCCAGGAGAUGGGCGCGAGCUCUGACACGGCCUGGCGCCUGUCCAUGGUCGUCCCCGGUUGCGUCUUCGUCGCGGUUGCCAUCAGCAUGAAGCUGUUUUGCUGGGACAUGCCAACGGGGCCCCGCUUCAAGACCAGCGACACGGGCAAGACAUCAAACGCGUCGAUGUGGGACUACGUGGAGUGCUUGAAGGACCCCAGGAUCGUCAUUAUGAUCUUCCAGUACGGCGCCUGCUUUGGCACGGAGCUGGUCAUGAACGCGCAGCUGGCCACCCAUUUCCGCGUCUACUUCCAGAUGGAGGCCGGCGCUGCCUCUGCCCUGGCAGGCUCCUUCGGCCUGAUGAACUUGUUCGCGCGCUCAUUGGGCGGCAUCUUCAGCGAUUUUCUUUUCGCCAGAUUCGGUUUCUCUGGCCGUAUUUGGGCUCAGUUCCUCUGCCUUUUCCUCGAGGGCAUCUUCCUGCUCGGCUUCGGAUCUGUGGAGAACUCGCAGCCUUGGUACGUCGCCCUGGCCGUCUUGCUGUGUUUCUCUCUCUUCGUGCAGAUGACCGAGGGCACCAGUUACGGCAUCGUGCCGUUCAUGAACCCGAAGCAGCUCGCGUGCACAUCCGCGCUGGUGGGGGCGGGCGGGAACUUGGGCGCCGUGAUCGCCCUGUGGUGUUUCUACAACACCCUUGGGCCCAUCGACACCCUGCUCCCGUUCAAGGUCCAUGGUGCCUACGUGAUCUUUUGGGCGAUGACCUCUCCGGCGUUCUACUGGGCCGACAAGGGCGGCAUGUUCUGCGGCGCCAGUGACCCCGCCUUCCAGAAACCCGCGCCCAAGGAACCAACAGUGGCUUAG